GUAUAUGAAAGAGAAGAAGAGUCUCGAUUUUUUUUUCUUUUUUUUACUCUGCGUGCAAGCUAACCUCAUCGAUAAUUUCGUACGACAAAAACCAUCAUUAGUUAUUACUCUCGUUUUUUUUUUUCUUUCUUGGGAUUGCUUAGCUAACUUGUAUUUGCUUUAUAUAUAAGUAGAUUCAUACCUUCUAUUACCUCACAUCACUUUGCAUCACUUCCUAAACCGUCUCUAUAGUUUCCUCUCUCUCUAACACAAUCAAACUUAACUACACAAAGCUAGCUUAUACCCUUUUCAAAUAUAUACACAAACCAAACCAAAAUCACUUCCCUUUGUUUCUUUCUUUAGUUUCAAACUUUGAUAUAUAAUAUUUAACAAGUGGUUUUCUAAUUGUAUGGAUGGAUUCUUCUAGUGGACAACACCAGCAAAUGUCUAACGAAUCAUUGGAGAAUAUGUUGGCUUGUUCGAAAGCACAACAAGACAAAAAACCAAAACCUCAGCCAGAACAAGCUCUAAAAUGUCCAAGAUGCGACUCAUCCAACACCAAAUUCUGUUACUACAACAAUUACAGUCUUUCUCAACCAAGAUAUUUCUGCAAAUCUUGUAGAAGAUAUUGGACUAAAGGUGGAACAUUAAGAAAUGUUCCUGUUGGUGGGGGGUGUAGAAAGAACAAAAGAUCAUCAUCAUUAACAUCAUCGAAAAGGGUUCAAGAUCAAACCUUUAACACCAAUAUUCCAAACCCAUUAACUUGUUUCCCUUCAUUGUCUUAUGACACUAAUGAUCUCACACUUGCAUUAGCUAGGCUUCAAAAGGGUCAACUUGGAUUUGAACAUGAACAUGAUUUUUCCAAAUUUGGUAACCACACAAGCACAAACACAAACACCUCAUGUGACAUUCUCAACAAUCAUGGUUUGAACAACUCCUCCACAAACCAAGGAUUCUUAGAAGCACUUAUGGGGUCUCAAAAUAAUGUGUACUAUGAUAAUGUUGGAGUUAGUGGAGAAAUGAUGUUACCUUAUGAUCAUGAAAUGAGCAUUGCAACUACUCAAGCAGUGAGUGUCACUACUAUGAAACAAGAGAUGUGUAAUGUUAGGGAACAAAAUGAAAAUAGGGUGUUGUGGGGUUUUCCAUGGCAACUCAAUGGAGACACUAACAUGAAUGAAGUUGAGUCAGGAAGAGCUAGUUGGAAUGGUCUCACUCCAUCUUGGCAUGGCCUUCUCAAUAGUCCCUUAAUGUAGACAACGCAGUUUUAAAUUACGGUAUGCAAUUGCAAUUUCAACAAUUAUAUUAAAGAUUUUGAAGUCGGCACAACAGUAGCACAACCACAAUUUAGAUAAUAUGAGUUGCAUUUGUUUGUAGUAUAAAAGUUUGCAGCGUAACUACAAUCACACCCGCAAUUUAAAAUCAUAAUAGACAACAUCUUAAUUUUAAAUUGUAGUUAUAGUUUUAGUUAUGCUGCAAAUUUUAAUACUGCAAGCAAAAUCAUGACAAUUGCGAAUUUUACACUGUUGCAAGACCUCAAAGUUUUUUAUAUUAUAGUUGCAUAUUGCAAUUUAGAAAUUGCAAUUUAGAACUAAGUGACCCAAUACUUAUUUGAUAGGGAAGGGAUUUGAUUCUCUUGUGUUGUAUCACCUUUAUUUAAUUUUUAGUUUGUUUUUUUUUUCUUCUUCUUUUAAUUUGCAUCUUAAAUUGUCAAAAUUUUGUACUACUAGUGUCUUAAUUAUUGAACUGAAUAGACUAAUGGAGUUUGAGAUGUUUUUUGCUAA